AAAUAUGAGUUUCGCGGGAGGGCCUUUCGCGCGUAAACCAUAUCCCUUCAUUCAUUGUCAGCUUCCUGAAGCCAUUUUUUUAGCUUGCAGGACGGAGACCUGCGCUAGUUUUAAAUCCAUUGCAUCUGCCUUUCUUUGCGACUAAUAUAUAGCCAAACCUAAGCGAUUCGGUACAUAAGACGUUAGUCAGUCACAUUUUGCAAGUAUUUUAGAUUUGAGUUAGUUUAAAAGGGAGAAAAUUGGUUCCAAAGUAAAGGAGGGACAAAGCACCCGAGCCUACAACGAUGAGAAAGGGGAUCUCCUCUGCCCAGGCGAGAGUAAUAGCAGCAGGGGUUGGGAGCUCCACUGUAGAUAAAAGUACCGUUUUAACGCCGUUGUCUGGUCGCUUAACUUCUGCUUUCCCCUCUACUACAUUUAUACAAAUCAUCACUCCGCCGCCUUCUGUAACACAGGCUACUAAUGGCUGUAUGUCCGAUCCGCCAGUGGCUAGCUUGAUAUACUCCACUCCCCACGGACCAACCCACGGAACAGGACAGCGACCUGCAUUAGGACGUCCACCGGCAAAACGGCGGCUCGAACUGGAACUGUCUGACCACCAGUACAUCAGUGAAUCGGCUAAGACACCCAAGCGCCGUGGCGGGGCCACAGGUCCGGGUCGCAAGAGCCCCAAAACUCCCAAGUCCCCCUCGGAGAAGACCCGUUACGACACCUCCCUGGGUCUCCUGACCAAGAAGUUUGUCCAGCUGCUGGGCAAGUCGUCUGACGGCGUGGUUGACCUGAACCAGGCCGCAGAGGUCCUGAAGGUCCAGAAGAGACGCCUGUAUGACAUCACCAAUGUGCUGGAGGGGGUUCGCCUCAUCAAGAAGAAAUCCAAAAACAACAUUCAGUGGAUGGGCUGUAAACUGACAGAAGAGGGCACCACGCUGAACCAGUGCCAGAGCCUUGGCCGGGAGGUGCUAGAGCUCACCCAGGAAGAGAGGAAGCUGGACGAGCUGAUCCAGACAUGCAGCAGGAACGUACGGCAGAUGACUGAAGAGGCUCACAAUCAGAAAUUCGCUUACGUAACGUACGAAGACAUCCGGAAGAGCCGGGGGCUGCAAGACCAGACUGUGAUCGUGAUCAAAGCUCCUUCAGAUACAAAGCUGGAGGUCCCUGAUCCUGAGGAGAAUUUACAGGUCCAUUUAACCAGCUCUAAGGGGCCCAUAGACGUGUUCCUGUGUCCUGAAGAGACAGCUGCUAGCAGCCCACUGAAAAAUAACGUCUUGGACGUGAAUGGAAACCACUCCACGUUUGUCAAAGUCUUGCAAGAAUAUGCUAGUGGAAGCAGUGCACCAGGGGUUCCUGACAGCACACCAGGGGUUCCUGACAGUCCGGUAGCAGUCACCACCAUCUCGCCCCUCACCAGCCCCCUCACCAGCCUCCUGCUGCAGACUGAGGACCAGAUCCCCUCUGCCCUGGAGGGCCCUUUCGUUAGCUUAUCCUCCCACCUCCUCAGUGAGGACUACAUGCUGAGCCUGGGGGACGAUGAAGGCAUCAGCGACCUCUUUGACACCUAUGAUUUGGACAAACUCCCGCUGGACGACCUAUUGUGCAACUGACGGAGGAAGAUGUGCGGGGCUGUCUAGCCUGGAAAGGGAUUAGCCCAGCAAGAAGGAUUCAGGUGGUACGGACUCCCUCUGUUCAAAGAGGGCAUGCCGCUGCUCUUUCCCCUUGUAUCUGGGAUGGAGGGGCUUGCCUUAAUCCUGCGUGCUUCGUUGUAGUGUGCGCCUGAAUUAAUUUAAUUUUAUUUCCCCCCGACCAGACGCAAGAGCAUAGGUCAGGCACAAAAUCCCUCCAGAUUUAUUGCUUGCAGGUGGUCUUUUUGCUUGGGGGCAACACAUUGGAAAUGACCUGUGGUGUGUUAAAAGGAGACUGUAAAACCAUAAAUACGCUUUUGAUAUAUACAUCUUGUGCUCAUUUUGCCAGUUCUGAUCGUAACCCUGGAAUUUACAUUGAAGGUGGUCAUCAGGCUUUCUGAAGCAGACUCUUGUCUGUUGAGCAUUGGAUUUGAUGUCAAGGAGCCCGUUUUGGCCGGGGCGUUCCUCAUGGACCAAUACUUGGGUAAAGUGUAGUGUCUAUGUCAGUGGUAACCGACCCUGUUGCUGGAGAUCUGUCAUCCUGUAGGUUUUCAUUUCAACUCUAAUUUGGCACACCUCACUCUACUAAUUAGCAGCUCAACAAUAUCUCUAGGUGUUUAAUGAACUGUGGGUUGGAAUUAACCUACAGGAUGGAUAAAUCAUCAGGAGCAGGGGUGGUUACCACUGGUCUAUACAGUAUGUGGCUUUGGGCAGUGGGAUAACUAUGGUAAUAGUGCACCACAGAGGCUUGUACUUCUGCCUUGAUGUGCUUAUUAAUUGGGAGGAUGGAAAGGAGGCUCUUGUCUGCAGGUGGUUUGUAAUAGUUUUAGUCUAUCUGAAACUCUAAUUGCAUGGAAUGAAUACACACUUACCUUCUGAUCUAUACAUAUGGGCAGAUCUUUGAACUCUAGGUUUUCUAUGGUCUCCAGUAAAGAGCUGAUUGGAUUCAGUUCAUCAUGUUAUCCCUGAAUUAAGUUGGUAAUCAUGGCUGCAAUGUAGUCGUCAAGCAUACGAAAGUCAUCUGAAAGUCCAUUAGUGUGAUGGUAGCCUUUUUGAAACGGACGCAGUUGAGGUGGUAGUGGGUUAAUUAAAAAAACUGCCAGACACUCCUGGGGCUUAUAAACCUUGUUCUGCACUAAUAUUGCUAAGAACAGCCUUCAAAUGAUUGGACACUUCCAGUUGUUGCUCGCUCAUGGACGAGUCUGGACUCAUCAGCCCUUUGGAGCAAAGUCCUGGGUUUUUUUUGUCGGGUAAUGGCUUGAUAAUGCAGGAUGACACACGAGGACAUGGGUCAGACUAUGGUUUCCAUGACGUUUGAGCAGGGAGUCAUCUCAAAGCUUCAGUAUAAAAGCUGACGAGUCUGUGGCUGGCCGGUCUUAAUCUAUGCCUUGGGGGCUUCCCAUUCAAGCCAAAUGGUGCUCUUUCACAAGGCAAUUGUGUAAUAAGUUUAUAUAGACUCGCCUGUUUUUAGGAUAUAUAAGGAUAGUAGAGUGCAUGUUGAGCUCAUUGUACUCCAGAGAUUCUGACCAUUGCUCCUCAGAUUUGAGAUUGGAUUCUUUGAUAAAUGCCGAACCUGUUCCAAUAGUUACAGCCUGUUACUGCUUUCUUUCCCUUACAUUUCUUAAUUUAGCAACCAUGUUGGGCAUGUACAGUUGAAAAUGCGUGCAAUAACAAAUUGCAGACUCCACCCUUUGCAGUGUAAUGUUACUGUGGUCACCCUUUGAAGACUGGCUAACCAAGCCAAUGCAGUACCCUUGGGGUAAGGGUAAUAAUUCAGUUUUUGUAUGCUGUUAAUUUGGUGGAAACACACAUACUGCAAAACAUCCUGUAGCAGAUAGCAGCUGACUUGUGCCGUGUGGUAGUGAAGUUUGUUUCUACCUAAAAUGGCGCCACAAUGGAAUUCCUGUCAGUUAUCAUAGUGAAAUGAAUGGCUUUACUUGUUUGUGAAAGCUCAGGACAUUGGCCAUGUGUUGAGCCCCUGUGGACCCCAGAGUUUUUUCAACUGUAUGAAAUAUGGACUUGAAACGGCAGAAUUUUAAGCUUGACCAGGCAAAACAUGAUCUGUUCUCAUAUCAGAUUCGCCUUUGUGCUAUAAAGGCGCUUUGCAUUUGGGCAUUUUUGGCUGUGUAGGUGUCUUAAAUUCUAUUAAAGCCAAUAAAAAGCUGUUAAGCUUAUGAUAAGCUUCCGUGUAUGCAUAAUGUGGUUUAUGCAUUAGUUUAGACUACCUCUGAAUGUAGUAUUAAGACCGUUUCUGGGAGCCGUUUUACUUUCCUGCCAAUUAAUGUUUUCUGUGUGCGUGUGUGAAAUUUUAACACCUGUGAAUGUAUACUUGCUGGCUUAAAAUGUAUUUGUCAUUUGUGUUCUGUGUUCAUAUAAACUGACGAUUUUCAGGUUUUUCACCAGAAUGCCUCAUUGUUCAGCACUUCUCAAUGAAAGCCCAUGUUCCUGCAUCCUGGUAUUUUAGUGAGUGUAGUACAAUACGUAAUGACUGAUUUCCAUUUAACAUUUUAUCAAGUUUUUAUUAAACUUGCCUCUUGUUUCUGUUAACGCCACAAUUGUCAGUAUCAACUAAGACGUUUAUCCUUGCUGAAUUCAACACAAUGACAAUAUGUGGGUCAAAGUUUCAGUGAAGUCUACAAUUAAGUCAAUGCAGUGGUAGCUUAAUUGAAUAAUUGAAGGGCUUGCUAAUGGAAUUAACUCUUGGAAUGGCCUGCUUAAUUUUUUUUAACCUUUGCAUCUUGAUUGUCCUGUAUUAUUGGCAGUCUUAUUUGGAUAAAGUAACACAGAUUGGUUACUUUGCGUUUGGUGCGUGUUGUACUAGUCGUAAUUUCUGCAUUCAAUAUAAUUUGUUAUUCAUUUACCCUUUUUCAAUUUUUCGCACUGCAGUUUUGUAAAUCCAUUUUACUCCUUGAUGAUUAAUGUUGCUCUGCAGAGUUUCCUCGUCUCCAGGAAGGCUGGUGAUGAUCUGGAUUAGUUCUUUGUGAAUUGCAGACCGUUCCUUGAGAUCCUUUCUCGGUGGCUGGUUGAGAAGCGGCCAGACUUGGGCCCAUUCUUCGUCGGUAAAUGUCGUCGUUAUGUAGUCACUAAGGUUUCAGUGCUGUACUGCCGUUAAGUUUCUCCACCAGCCUGUUGCCGUCGGAGUGCACGUUUCCAUUGUUGCCAGCUAAUGUCUCAGUGCUUAUCAGGGAGGUUUGGCAUUCGGAUGUGGGGAAGGAUGCAUUCCAAGGUGUUACAUUUGCCACACCAUAAAAUUGUGUGCCUAAUUUGUGUCUAAGUUGGCAAUAAUUGUUGUACCUUUCGAGUGAGUGUUUCAGCAAGUCCAUCUGAAGUACUGGCAAGUGUUAGCACAGAUUAAUUUAAAGUUUAGAUGUUUUAGCACAGUUGAAUACAAAUGAUUCAGGGGUUAUUUAAUGUGGGGUUUGUGAUUGUGCGCAUGAAAGUAUUUGUGUGUUCAGUGACUGUUGUGAGAUGUUCAUUUGUUUGGGAAAAUGUAUGAAAUUAAAAUGUUUUAAUAAAAAGCAA